AUGGACGUCUCCAACGUUAAUGUGCUAGUCAGAGUCAGGCCCCUGCUCCCCAGAGAGGAGCCCUACUCGUUGGUUCAAAUGCCACCCUCAGAACAUGGAGUUACCUACUUGGAACUGAAACCUUUUCCGUCGCCUUCAUCGCCAACGUCUAGUGGGUCCACUCAGAAAAAAUACAUUUUCGACGAGUCAAUAUGGUCUUUUGAUGCUGCUGAUCCCCACUAUACUAACAAUUUGGCAUUCUACAGAAAAUCUGGCCCACUACUUGUGGAUCACUACUUCCAAGGUUACAACGUGUGUUUGCUAGCCUACGGUCAGACGGGAUCAGGCAAGACUUACACCAUGAUGGGCACUGAAAACGAACCCGGAAUUAUCCCGCUCAUGGUGCGUGACAUCAUGCGCCACAAGGAGCAUUUAGUGAGUCAAAAGAUCAACUGUGAUCUCAGUUUCUCAUACGUGGAAAUCUACAAUGAGAAGGUCAAGGACUUGCUUGAUAAUUCACGUCAAUGCCGUGUCAGGGAGCAUCCACUCACAGGUCCUUAUGUGGAGAAUCUGACGGUGGUGACUUUGAGCACAUACGAGGAAUUCUGUGAGGUUCUUACAAAAGGAAACUCCAACAGAAUGACAGCUUCGACCAAGAUGAACGAGGCAAGUUCUCGAUCACACGCAGUGAUCACAUUCACAUUGAAACAGACUCGCUUUUCGGAUGAUGAGGUCUCGGACCUCGAUGUGGGCGAGCCAAUAGAGGAAAUGAUUUCCAGCAUCAAGUUGGUGGACUUGGCUGGAUCGGAACGCUUGGCAAAGACCCAGGUAUAUGGUCAAGCUGACCGUAUGAAGGAGGGCAGUCAAAUCAACAAGUCAUUGACUGUAUUGGGACGGUGCAUCAACAUAUUGGCCCUGGGUGCAAAACUGGUAGUUCCAUACCGUGACUCGACCUUGACAUACUUGCUUCGAGAGAAUUUGGCCGGUAACUCCAAAACGGCGAUGGUGUUCUGUAUUUCACCCUGUGACUACGAUGAAACCCAUCAAACACUUAACUACGCCAACCAGGUCAAAAAAAUCAAGACUGCUGCCAGGGCCAACUCAUCCACAAUGCUCAGUGCGCCCAUUGACUGGGAGAAGCUCAAGGAUAUGGACAAGUCAGUCAUUGACACACUUCGAGAGCAAGUGGACGCGCUUACAAGCGAACUUGACUCCCUCAAGUCCACGUCUUCUACGAGUGUCAGUGCUUUGAUGAAGUACUUGGAGAGAGAGAGCUCCAAACAGCAAUUUGAAAUCAAAUACUUGAAAAACAUCAUUCUGAGCCAGAACACCCAGAUGAAGGAGCUCCAAUCUCAGAACACCUUCUUGCAUAAAGAGCUUUCGCUGAGUGUUCGUCAAAGUGUUCUAGGCGAGAGAUUGAACAUGAUGAAUGCUGUAAUGGAGCUUAAAAUGACUUGCCACGAACAUAAACUCGACAUUGAAAGGAGGUUACUAGAUUUCGAUCCUGCACGAGUAUUCUAA